GCCUGGAGCCGCGGCCGGGCUCCGGCUCGGAAAUCUUCGGCCCAGGCUCGGCAAUCAACCUCCAGCUGCGGCCUGGGCCUGGAGCCCGGGGCCGAUCCGGAAACAGCCGAGCGGAUCCGGAAACAGCCGAGGGGACCCGGAAGGGGUGAGCGCCGUCACCAGGGAGUGCUGGAACCCGCCGUUUGCGCGGAGGCGAUGGCGGCAGCUGCGCCGGCGGUCGCGGGCGAGGAUGGCCGGCGACGGCAACAGGGGGCCGCGCCGGACCCCCAUUCCCAGGAGGGCGCGAAGGCUGAGGCCGAGUCAGAGGAGCUUGGCCGGCUUCGGGCGGAGCUGGCAGGCGCCCUGGCGGAAAUGGAGACCAUGAAGGCUGUGGCGGAGGUGAGCGAGAGCACGAAGGCGGAGGCUGUGGCUGCAGUGCAGCGGCAGUGCCAAGAGGAGGUGGCUUCUCUGCAGGCCAUUCUGAAAGACUCCAUCAGCAGCUAUGAAGCCCAGAUCACUUCUCUGAAGCAGCAGCAGCAGCAGGACUGUGAGGAGAAGGAGCGGGAGCUGGGGCGCCUGAAGCAGCUGCUGUCCCGGGCUCACCCCCUGGACUCCUUGGAGAAGCAGAUGGAAAAGGCCCACGAGGACUCGGAGAAGCUUCGGGAGAUCGUGCUGCCCAUGGAGCAGGAGAUUGAGGAGCUGAAGGCGAAACUGCUCAGGGCGGAGGAGCUCAUUCAAGAGAUCCAGAGACGGCCCCGGCCUCCCCCUUCCUUACACGGCUCCGCGGAGUUGCUGCCCCUGUCCCGGGACCCGUCGCCCCCGCUGGAGCCUCUCGAGGAGCUGAGUGGAGACGGGGGUGCGGCGGCCGAAGCCUUCGCCCACAACUGUGACGAUAGCGCUUCCAUCUCUUCCUUCUCCCUCGGUGGCGGGGCCGGCAGCACGUCCCUGCCCCGCAGCCGCCAGGGCCUGAGCCCCGAGCAGGAAGAGACCGCCUCUCUGGUGUCCACGGGCACCCUGGUCCCCGAGGGCAUCUACCUGCCCCCUCCUGGUUACCAGCUCGUCCCGGACAACCAGUGGGAGCAGCUGCAAAUGGAGGGCCGGCAGCUGCAGAAGGACCUGGAGAGCAUCAGCCGAGAGCGGGACGAGCUGCAGGAGGGUCUGAGACGGAGCAACGAGGACUGCACCAAGCAGAUGCAAGUGCUCCUGGCCCAGGUCCAGAACUCAGAGCAGCUGCUGCGGACCCUGCAGGGGACCGUGAGCCAGGCCCAGGAGCGGGUUCAGCUGCAGAUGGCAGAGCUGGCCACAUCACACAAGUGCCUGAGCCACGAGGUAAAGCGGCUGACUGAGGAAAACCAAGGACUCCGGGCCGAGCAGCCGCUGUCUUCAGCCCCCCGGGGCCUGGAGCAGGAUGAGGGUCACGAGGAGUCACUGCCCAGCUUGGUGCCGGAGCUGCAGCAGCUGGUGCACCACACGAGGCAGGAGGCGCGGGCCCAGCAGCAGGCCCGGGAGCACGAGGCUGAGCGCCUCCGGAUUGAGAUCGUGACGCUCCGGGAGGCGCUGGAGGAGGAGACUGCGGCCAGGGCCAGCCUGGAGGGCCAGCUGAGGGUGCAGCGGGAGGAGACAGAGGUGAUGGAGGCCUCCCUGUGCAGCCUGAGGACGGAGAUGGAGCGGAUCCAGCAGGAACAGAGCAAGGCCCAGCUCACAGACCUCCUCUCAGAACAGAGGGCCAAGGUGCUGCGGCUGCAGGCUGAGCUCGAGACCAGUGAACAGGUGCAGAGGGAUUUUGUACGACUGUCCCAGGCCCUGCAGGUGCGCCUAGAACGGAUCCGCCAGGCCGAGAGUCUGGAGCAAGUGCGCAGCAUCAUGGAUGAGGCGCCCCUCAGGGACAUCAGGGACAUCAAGGACACCUGAGGGGCUAGCACCCACCCACCCCGGGGGAGACUGCCUUUCCCCACUCCUGAACCAAGAGGCCUGGGCUGUGGGGGUCUCGGGAUAGUGUCUUCAUCCUCUCCAAGCCUAGGGUUGAGGUGCCGGGGCCGCCGCUUCCCUGUCUCUCUAGCGCCUCCUCCCAGGGGCGGCUGGCCUCCUGCCCCCAAGGAUGACACCCGGGUGGAGUCCCAGCCCCCUCCGGGAACCAAAGGUGCAG